CUUAUGGAUUGAACACACUCAAGACUCCCAGAGACACUCAGACUUCAGACAGACAGCAACUGUGGAGGAGGGAGAAGGUUCCAUCAAAUUUUUGCCAGAUUCAUCAUGACCACCAUGGCAGCAGCAACUACAGCUGAUCAAGCUUUCGAGGACUACAGCAUCUACAGUGGCUUGUCUGAUGCUGAACUGAUUCAGCUGGCCAUUGAAUGCAGUCUGAGUGAUAUACCUUCCUCAGAGCCCUCAGAGAGGUCAUCUUAUUCACUAGCUACAGCAAGCCAACCUAUGCCCUUUGAGCAUGAAACCAUGCCAACAUUACUAGAGCUGCAGCAGGAGAAUCACAGAGCUCUGAGACAAACAGCUUUACACACUCGGAACAUCCCUCCCGCUGCCAACCCACAUCAAACCGCCAAUCUACCCAGCCAAAACCGGCCGGAGAGUUCACAUAACUGUGCUGGAGACGGAGUGAGGGUGUGUUCUUGGACGAAAAACAACAAUGGAGGUUUGCAAGUUAGACUCAAACCAAUGGAGGACAUGUCUGCUAUACAAUCAGCCAUCUGGAGGAAUGAUGCCCCAAAACUCCUUGAAGUAUUGCAGGAACAGCCUUCUGACACUCUGAGUACACCAAACAAAAACGGCUGGAUACAUUUGCAUGAUGCUGCAUACUAUGGUUAUGAGGAAUGUUUGAGAGUGCUAGUGAAAGCCUUUCCUAAACUAAUCGACAAACGUACCAACAAGCGCCAGACACCUCUGAUGUUGGCUGCUGCCGGCAAAAACCCGUUGUGUGUCCAGUAUCUUCUUGAGGCAGGAGCAGAUCCCAAUACAGCCGAUAAUGUAGGAGAAUCACCUCUCUACACAGCUUGUGAAAAUGCAACUGAGGAAAUAGUGGAGCUUCUACUGAGGUUUGGAGCCAAAGCCUCACAGGCCAAUGCGAUAGGAAUGACACCAUUACAUGAAGCGGUGCGACACAAAAGUCUUGGCAUGUGCAAGCUUCUAGUGAAGGCUGGAGCAAACAUAAGAGCCAGAAACACUUACGGCAUUGAACCACUAUUCAUGGCUGCCCAGGGAGGAGGCACAGAAGUAUUGAACCUCCUAAUUGAACAUGGAGCCUAUACUGACUGUCAAACUAGGGAUGGAGCAACACCUUUAUUUGAAGCAUCCAAGAAUGGCCAUGAAGAGGUGGUGAGGCUGCUUCUGUCUAAAAGAGCAAAUGUGAACAAAACAAUCAAAGCAGGACUAACUCCUCUACACAUCGCUUCAAAGAAUGGACAUGCUAGAAUCGUGUCCUUAUUGAUUCCACAUACGGACAAAGUGAUCAUGCUAGAGAGUGGCAUUAGCCCACUCCACCUUGCAGCAGAGCAUAACAGAGAGGAUAUCUUGGAGAUUCUCAUCAAUGCGGGCUUUGACUUCAACACUGUGCUUAAGUAUAACCACUCCCAGAUUUAUGACAACUGGUGCUGCUCAGCCCUCCACUUCACUGUACGCAACAGCAACAUAGACACAGCCUCCAUGCUGCUGGAGGCAGGCGCUGACCCCAAUCUGGAUUUUUUCAACCCUCUUCUUUUAGCCGUGAGAAAGGGAAAUACAGAGAUGGUGUCUUUGCUGGUGGAGUACGGUGCCAAUGUGAAUGCCUGCGUGCCAACACUCCCCACUACCUUUCCUGGAGCUCUGCUCUUUUGUAUGAAGCACACACUGAUGUUCAAGUUCCUGCUGGACAAUGGAUGUGAUGCCAACGCCUGUUUCUCAUGUGUUUAUGGAGGCAGCCCACAUCCUCCAAUCAAGAGCCGGCUUACUACUAGGAAUGAGCUGGACCUUGAUGAAAUUCCUCAGAGCGAAGCUGUACAGUUCUGUGAGAUUAUAGCGGAUCCCUUUUACACCUAUUGGGCAGGACCUAUACUUGACCUUCUCCUUGAUUACACUGGUCCUGUGAAACUGUGUUCUAGAAUCACAGAACUUCUUGAGAGCAACAAGGAGUGGGUAUACAUCAAAGAAAAAUCAAAGCCAUCCUUCUGCCUCAUGCAUCUGUGCCGACUGAGGAUCCGCCAGCUGGUGGGAUGGCAGAGACUGAGGAGAAUGACCAGCCUUCCUCUGCCUGGACGACUCAUCAAUUACCUGUUCUACGACAACAGAGAAUCUGAGAAUCUCUAUUCUUAUUUUUUUGAUUGAGUGUGUGUGUGUGUGUCUCUUAACUCAAGCACUGACUAUCAGUCAAUAAUCUAACCAACAAAAGCUUGACUAUCCACAACUUUCCCGAACUCUGACCUUUCCCAUGUUUGAUUGUUGCCUCAGAGUGGAAGCCAGUAUCUGUCUUCCGCUCAACUGUGUUUACGUUUAUAACAUUUUCACUGAAUUUCAGUUAGUUUUUUUCAUACUGAAGUGUGAAAUGAUGUUCUUUAUAUUGUGUCAGGUAAGUCAAGUGUGUCAAGUAUCAAGUAACAUGAUGACAGGUUUUUGCAAGGUGUACAGAUUACAUGGCAUUUUUUGUAAUCAGUAACAUAAUAACAUGAUUACCCAAAAAUGUAAUGUAAUCUGAUUACUAAGUAAGAAUACUUUUUACACUUGCACACAACAUACAUCCGAUAUUGUAGAUGAGAAAAAAACAGGGGAUUCCAAGGCACUCUCAAUUGUCAAAGAUUAAAAAGCUUCUAAAAGGUUCAAAUGUUUUUUAAAGGUUUAAAUGUAACCAAGCCAACAAAAUAAAGGCUUUUUAACCUUUGACAAUUGAGAGUGCCUUGGAAUCCCCUGUUUUUUUCUCAUCUACAUUUUCCCAUCCAAAGAGCACCUCAAACAAACAAAUUUGAGUCCAGGAAGCGCUCCUAGACAGACAUUUUUUGAAUACAUCCGUUUGCACCUCCAAGUGGUCUGUGAUGUAAGCUUGUGUGAAAGAAUGGCCAAGUACUGAUAGCAUUUUUCCCGACUGGAACAGGUGUAUCGGUCAACGUUGACGGCUCCUCCAUCUUGGGUUAUGAUGUGAACCCUUUUCUGGACAAAAAAACUACACAUGCAAUUGGAUGAUAGUGACAUCUAGUGGACAAACGAAUGGGCCGCUUGUCAAAUUAAAACAUUAGUUACACUAUCAUAAACAAGUUGUUUGCAUUGUUUGCAUGAUAAAAUGUAUUCAAGUAUUCCCCAAUAAUUGUAACUAAUCUGAUAACACAUUUUUUGCUGUAAUCUGGGCUGAUUAUAGUUACUUUUUUGUAAUCAGAUUACGUAAUCCAGGUUACAUGUAAUCCAUUACUACCCAACCCUGCCAGUGUGUAAGACUAUGCUGUAGUAUUUGUGCUGUUGAGGGCUUGUGUGCUGUGUCGGAAGAAAAUGUAUUAUAUUUUUUUCAGCUAGGUUGAAUGGUUUUGAGGGGAAAGUUUGGUUUUGACCUGGACAUUUGAUGUUUUGGGAGUGUGUAAUAAUAAUAAUAGUAAUAAAUAUAACUGCAAGCAGCAAUGAGGGGGCCAAGCUGAGAAACUGGAGUUGCCAUGGCAACUCAAUGCUGUUACAUCAGACAUAUGAUUGUAAGCAGUCACAGCACAUUUCAUGUCUGGCAACCAAAGAUUGGCUGAGAUAUAGGGUCAGUUCCUGUUUGGCAGCUUUGCCGCUGAGUUUGAUUGGCUGUGAUAGGCGAAUGCUUUCGAAUAUGGCUUCAAAAAUUCAAGACCUAUGUAAGGCUUAAUCUGAAUAUUAUCUGUGCAAAGUUUCAUGCCAAUCGGCCAUAAUCUGUGAUUUUAAUUCCAAACACAUCAACAGUUACAAGCCAAAAUCAGGGUUCAUACACCUAUUCCAAGAUCAAAUUCAAGCACUUUUCAAACACUUUCAAUGUCAAUUUUCAAGCUUUUCCAGCACUUCACAUCGGCAAAUGACAUAUUAUAUGAAUAUACUAAAAAAAAUUUUUUACUUUUUUAUCAUUUAGAGAUGGUUCUAGGGCCGCUCAUGCAAGCUCAGCUCAGGUGCCGGUCGCGUGCAGUGCUGCAGCCACGUAAACAGAGUUUGCCCUUCUCCUACUGACUUUCACUUUCGGUGCCCGAAUGGAAGUGAAUGAGGCUUUGCAAAUUUUUUUUAUCUAGGCCUACGUGAAAUUCUGUAUCCAUUGUAUGGUUAAUUUAUUUAUUUAUUUCCCCCCUUGGAAGGGCAACGUGAGUCGAGAAGGGCAUAUGGGCAGUUGCCCGGGCAACCUGAGCAACCCCCCUGUGCACGUCCCUGGUUUUAACAGACAAAAUUGUGUUUCUUAAUAGCAGGAAAAGAAAUUAAAUGAAAACUUAAAAAUGUGUCACCUGUCUGGAAGUAGACUUUGCUUGCUAUCUAACUGGCUGAGUCAAUAUACUAGAGUUUAGAUUCUCUGCCCGAGCCCGCGGGCCGGGCCGGGUCCUUGAUCAAGCAUUUUUUUUUUUAUCAUUAGCCUACUUGAGUGGGGAGCUAAAGCUAUGCCAUAGUCAGAAAUAUUAUAUAUUUAACAAAGUAGGCCUAUGUAACAAGUGUGUGUACAAAGUUAUACAAGUUAGGCUCAGAGUUACAAAAUGUCAUUUGUAAUGUCAUCUGCGCAACACGUGUCAUGCGCAGCUUCUCCACUCGCACGCAUCACACCGGGCCUGCUGUGCUGUAUUGUGGAGCUUAAGUGCAACGUGAAGCUUGACGAUUUAAAGAAAAAAAUGAAAACAUGAGAAAUAACUUGGAGCAAGUUUGGAGAAAAGUCGGAGGUAUGCAUUUGUCAGGUAUGCUUUGU